ACACUGGGCGGUGACGCAGCGAGUGUCAGGUGUCUUGCAGGUUUCACGAAAAAAGACUGACUCAACGGAAGUUCCAACAGGCAGAUCGCAGAGAUGGAAGGCAGUUCAUUCAGUCGAAGGUCUUGGGCGACGCAGUCCUUGCGCAUCACCGCAAAGGAGCUGUCGCUGGUCAGCAGCCGAGGGAAAAGCACAGCUAUUGCAGAACGCUUCUCCAAGUACCAGAGAGCUGCUGAAGAGUCCAGUGCAGAGAAGAAAAAAGGAUCUUUUGACGGUGUAACACGAUCUGGCAACCUGAGUGCUCUGAAGAAGCGCUGGGAGAAAGCAGGUAGCCCCGACCAGGACAAGCCUUCUCCUGUUCCACCUCCAAGCCAGCCCAGCAUUCGCCGCAGACCAGCUCCCCUGACCAGGCCUGCCCCUAUCACCAAGCACAGCCCUCCAGUGAAGAGCCCCGGCCCAUCUACCAACCAGGGGGAUCAGCACACAGCCAGCUGUGUCCAGCAGCCGUUGGCGGCUCCAGAAGGAGAAGAACAGCGAGGGAUGGAUAAGGAUGAGCUGACACAGAGCAGAAGGCCUGAAAAGCUUGAACAGGAAGCUCCAACCAGCCCGUGUGCCUCAUAUGAAAAGCCCAGAGUGCCACUGACCAACCUGAAGAUGAAGUUUGAGAAGGGAGAUGAUAACAUGAGCACGGGGACCAGGCCAACACUGCGCAGCAGUUCUUCAGACGACUUGGACCAACACAGCAGCCUGUCUGUGUCUGACAGAGCACUGGAGUCGUCAUCCCUGAGGGAGAGGAUGGCCAAGUACCAGGCUGCUGCAACUAAACAAGGGACCACACACUCUGUUCCAGAUGCUGAGACACCUGCUGCAAAAGCACCGGCACCUGUAAAUGAGAAACACACGCCUGCCCCUGAGUGCAAUGGGGAGAGCACAGAGCAACCCAAAGCAUCUAAGAAGUUUACUCCCCCGGUGAGGGAGACUUGUGUCGCUUGUCUGAAGACAGUGUACCCUCUGGAGAGACUUGUGUCUCAUCAGCAUGUUUACCAUAAAAGCUGCUUCCGCUGUACCUACUGCAACACGACGCUUAGUCUUGGGAACUAUGCUUCUCUGCAUGGCACCAUCUACUGCAAACCUCAUUUCAACCAGCUGUUCAAAGCCAAAGGCAACUACGAUGAAGGUUUCGGCCAUCGGCCUCACAAGGAGCUCUGGGAGCCGCGAGUUGAUGGCGAUGAAAGCGAGGAAGGGGUGAAGCCAAAACCUCCAGAGGAGCCAGCGAAGGUAGUGCGUCCGGCUGAGAGCAGCUCAGACAUAGAGCCAACCCCACCUGAGGAAACCUCCCCACAGGUCAAGGUAACAGACAUCACUGCCCUGCUGGAGACACGUGCGCAGAAGCAUGCAAGCUCUAGUGAGAAACCUCAGUCUACAGAGAAGCCAGCGGAGACACGGCGGCUGAGGGUUGCUUGGCCUCCUCGGGGUGGUGAGGGCCACGCUGGGACAGCCCCAGUCAGUCCAGUCGCAGAGGGGGUCUCUUCAAGUCGACCCUGGAGGGCAAAGUGGCCUCCGGAGGAUGAGGCACCGGCAUCUUUCCAGAGCUCAGAGCGGGCCGAACUGAAGAGCCUGAGGAGGACCUCAUCUCUAAAGGAGCGGAUUCGGCCUUUUACAGUCGCGGCAAAACCAAAACCUGAAAUCAGUCUGGGUCCUAGGGAGCCUCGGCGCCCCCUCAAGUCUGACUGGAGAGCUUCAUUUGAUGAAAACAAAUACUCCGAAGAAUCACCAAAAGAAAAUAAGGUCCAGCAGGUGAAGGAGGAGCAGAAAGUGCCUCAAACACCAAGCGAAAAGAAAGCAACCAUCUCAAAGGAGGACGUGGAGAAAAAGGAGGUCAAGCAAGUGCAAAGAGGAGCAGCAGACAAGAUGGCAGAGGAAGAGUCUUUCAGAAGCCAGUCUCCCGAAGUCGUUCCAGCCUCGUCUCCUCCUUCACAGCCAAAGCAGAGCCAUGCCUCCCAGGAUGUGGGCUUCUGGGAAGAGCACAAGGAAGGAAGUGAUGCAGAGGAGCUGAGUGCAGAAGACAUAAUCAAGAGGAACCGCCAUUAUGAUGAGGAGGAGGACUCCGAGUCAUAGGAACAUUUUACAGUCUUAAUCAUCACAUUCCAUCCACAUAAUAACACUUUUUAUUUUCUCAGUUCAUUUAGCUUUAGCCAAUUAUCAGAGGGAUGCAAAAAUACAUAAUAGGUGUGUGUGUAUGUGCAUUUACAUUCAUCUGCCUUUUUUUUCCAUUUUAAUUUUAUGCUGCAAAAAUAUCUGAGACAUUUUUAUACGACUUGUGAUACUGUUAAAUUCAAAUCUUGCAUCAUCAGUAGCAUAUUAUCUGCAUGCGUUGUGUCCAUAAACUGUUUUACAGGGCAGUUAUCGGUACUUUUAAUUAUGUGCAGUGACCUGACUGCACAUAGUAAAAUCAGGAUCAUGUGCCCUUUGUAAAAUGUUGAAGGUAGCUGUGCUUUUAUGGAACAAAUGUCUGUGGAUGUAGGUGAGCUUUUUUUUUUUAACUUACUGUUUUAAUUUAACUUGUAAAUGAAAGAGAACAAAUGAAACAAAACAGAAGGCAAAUGAGAAUGAGCUGAACUUCCAAACAACAUUGUACAAAUCUUCUCUCAGGGAUGAAAAGGCUGUCCAUCAGUGCCAGUGCUCCAUGUCCAUGCUUUUGUUUUUAUAAUGCCUCUCAUGGAAGUACCACUGUUUUUCUUAUUAUUUCACUCCUUAUACGUGGCAAUUUGAUGCCGUAGCUACGGCAACAGCCCAGACCCUGCGCAGACCCUAACACUGUAGCCUGAUGUGCACCUCCCAAGAAAUAUAAUGACGACGCAGACCACAAGAGCUGUGAUUGGUCUGUUUGGUAGUAGCGUAUUUCCACUUUAGUAUUUCUGGCUGCUUCUCCAUCUCUGUAGUUUUCAGUCGUCAUUGUUGAAUGUGAAGCCGGAAGUAGAAACAAAAAUUAAUCCAACUGGCAAAAAACUAACAAACAAUGCCGACUACUGGUGGUGUUUUUACAGAGGUGAGACUGAUGAGUGGACAAGUAUAAAUGACUCGACACCACAGGCUACGUGCACAGGCUACCCAUCUAUGUCCUGCAGAGGCAUGAACCAUGCUGUAGAAUUUACUUAAUAUUUCCAUCUAAAAAGCAAACUGACUGUCAAAAUAUUAUGGCUGCAGACAAUGUAUUGCUGUGAUCUUAAUUUAUUUGAACAUAAUUACAAGUAACUGGAAAACAGUAAAUGUACAUACAGACGAGUCAGAAAAUCAUCCUGCAGGGGACUACUACCUGGUUUGGUAAAAAAAAAAAAAAAAGAAGAAAA